AGAGGCCUUCUGUCAAUAAACCCUCUUUUGUCUCUCCCUUCCUCGGCUGAGCCAUGGGAGGGGCUGGUUAGUUUGCAGGAAGGAUGUUGCGCCGCAGGAGCAUCAGGACCGCCUGGGACUGGGAUGCGAUGGGCUUGAUCCCGAGCGGUUUCCCUCUUCCCCGCCGGAGGGCGCUGCCGCCGCCCCGGGUCUCCGUGCUGGCUGCGGGGCGGGGAGUGUCUGCCCGGGACCUGCGAGGGCAAGCCCAGCUUUAGCUCGAGGCAGAUCGGGCUGGCCACCGGUGUGCUGGUCCCUGGUGCUGCAAGCACAGCAGCUCCCUAUGUCCUCCGUCGGAUGGGGGAUCUCUGAGGCUGUAAGGCCUCCAUCUGUAGAAUGGCUGCUGCUUCUUUCCGCUAUGGAGUGACCAUCCUUGGGGCUGUCCUGCUGGUGACAGGAACACUUUGUUUUGCCUGGUGGAGCGAUGGAGAGGUGGAGCCCACAUCUAGUAAUGACCCUCAGGUUGUGCCUCACGGAGAAGCCGAAGUGGUCCCCAGCUCCAGCUCCUCUAAUGCGUUGCUCAGGUCCGUCAGCUUCUUCUGCUGUGGCAUCGGCGGGAUCCUCCUCCUCUUUGGGCUCCUGUGGUCUGUGAAAGCAAAUGCUAGGGUGGUGUCUCAGCGCUAUCAAUACCACUUUCCUAGAGACCUUCACUACUUCACGGUGGAGCCUCUUGAAAAAUGGACGUGCAGCACCUGGGACGCCAACGCUAUCCCCACCUAUGAAGAAGCCCUGAACUGCCGGCCGGCUGCGAGCACCCUUGGUUACAUACAGCCUCCUGGCAGGAAGGAGGAGGAUACACCGCCGAUUCACCAAGACGUUGAUGAGGAUGAGAUGUGGCAAGGGAGCUGGAGACGCAGCUCCUCAGACAGCGAGCUGCUCAGGAGCUUACCUGUGCGGCUGGAGAUGGAGUUGCAGGAUGACCCAAGGGCUACCCCACCGCCCAGCUAUGAGAACAUCAGCAUACGUGGUGUAUGAUCUGCAGAGCGUGCCAGGUGCUUAGGACUCUGUAGAUUUCUACCUAGUCUGUUCGCUUUAGAGCCUGCCCUUCCCAUCUGUAAUAUAUUGAUGAACUGAACAGGGAGAGGUAAAUCCACUGUUACAAUCAGAAUCUCUUUUCAGGGAAUAAAUCCAGAAUAAUCAGAGUAGGGUGACUGAUCUCAAGGCUCUUGAUUUCUGAAUUCUGUGGAUAAUCCAUGUAUUUUAAAGUCUUCACAUUUUUAAUGAAAUGGCUGAUGAUUGCAAAUACGUUACAUUUUACAGGCAGUAGGACAGAGAACAGUUAUUUAUUUGGACUGCAAAGGAUGACCAUUGAAAUACAUGGGGAACCAGAGAGGUACAGCUAAGGUUUGCAUUUCUGUACAUAUAUAAGUGAUUUAGGUUUUAAAACCUGUUUUCAGAAGUGAUAUAGGCACUGAGAAGGUAUGUCCUGUUGCCUUUCAGUGACACAGCUAUUAUUUUCAAAAGUGAUUUUAAGAGCCCUUAGGGACUUGAUUUUCAAAAAGGAUAUCUCAGAAUUGACACCUGCUGAUUUUUAAAAUCUUGGCCUUAGCUCCUAGGUACCUGGGAAUAUGUCUACAAUGUAGUUGUAGCAGCGAUUGCACAAUUGCAGUGUUAUAUAGACAUAUGCAACCUGUCUUUAAACUGGCUAGUUUGGGUACCAGUAGCAGGCAUCCUGGAUCUCCAUAUAGACUAAUUUACCCUGGUUUAUAGGCUGGUUUAGCAGCCCAGCCUGACUUCUAUGCUAAACUGCCACUGGCAUUUGAGUCAGUUAGUCUAAGGCUGCCUUGGAUAUGCCUAAACCACACCAGACUCACUGCAGUGACAGACCCUGCAUUACUCACGACAAUGAGCCUUUCACUUUUCACCCCUCAAGGUACUUCUGGAAAGUUUUUAUCCUAAGUCCAUAGGUAUUAACAUAAAAACAGAGGCUCUCAAGCUAUGGUCACCUACUGGCAUCUUGCCAUGAGCUGGAGAGCUCAGCGAAGCCAGACUUUGUGAGCUGUAUUGAAAGCAAAAACACAUUGACUUCUGCUGAUUGUUUCCCUGCACGGAAAAUCAGACUUUGUAAAGGUAUCCCAAGCAACACAAAGCACGUGGCAAAGGGGUAUCGGGGAAUCCUGGAUACUAAUCAGCUGAUGAGCUGAUAGCAGUGCUCCACAAUUGAAGUAGUUUGUAUUCAGCUUGUUUUUCCAUUAAAUCUGUUGCUUUGCUGCUGUCUCUUGGGAAGCUUGCAUGCUGUAGCCCUUCAGUCUUGCCAUAAAGGGUUGGAUGUUGCAUGCUUGCUGGCUGCGGGAGCCCAGGGGCCAGAUAGCACUCAGUGUACUUGUUAUGGAUGGCAGUGCCAAGGAGCCAUUGGACUGUGCAACUGGCAGCCUGCACAAUAACGUGGAUAUAGGAAGUGCUGUGUUCUCCCUGUCAUGGGAAAUCACAUCUUGGGACAGCGGGAGAUAGAUAUUCUGUAAAACGGCUAAUACAAAUCAAAACACUGUCAGGAGAGGAGCAAUCUGCAGGUUCAGGAUUUAUGAUGGAGAAAUGAACUGCGGCCAGUGUAGGGAGGGGCAAGGUCCCCGGCUGUGAGAAAUGGGCAACAGGCCAUGACUGCAAUGGAACAACCCACUGAGAACCUGCUCUAGAGUUGGUGGGGCAGGCAAAAGGACCAAGCUUAAGCCUUUGCAGUCCACUGUAACUGGGUAAAAGGCUCUACAGGUGCCCAGUAACAAUCCAACAGUAGUCCAAGCUACUCUGAUUAUGAAGCAUGGGCUAAAUGUGAUGGUGAAGAGUCAGGGAUUCCCCUUUGGUAGGAGACAGGAGCUACAGAAUCUCGCUUUGGACCAACACAGCCUCAGGGGAAGCACUGAGCGUGCGUGCGUAUGUAACUCUAAGGACGUGGGGACGUGAAGAAGGUAGCCUGUCACCUUCAGUACUGUGUGUGGUGAGGAUAUCACGUAGUUCCUUAUCUCUUCCUUCUUUAUGGGAGUGGAGGGUGGCCUUUUUUUAAAAGGAUCUCUGUCUGUUUCCUUUUUGCUUUGCAUUUGCAGGCAAACAUCCUUGUACGGUCAUCCAGCUACAAACAGGUUCAAGCCAAACAAAAGCAGCGUUUGUACGCACGUUUUACCCAACUUCCAAAAAUGUCACUAACUACAUUGCACUUCCAAUGGACCAGUCAUUGAUAGCUCAGUUGCUUCCUAUUUGUUCGCCCUGCAAGUAUAUAUAAAUAUUAAUUCCACAGCCCUGGCUGCCUUUUGUUUUAAAGUGUGUAGUGGGGAUAUUUUUUUGGUUUAGAUUUCAUUUUUGAGCUAGUGCUCUGCAAAAAUACACCCUCAGCUACUCAAGUACUGUAUACGGAUGCUUGAUACAGGGCUGGUUUGGUCAGGGAUCAGCCUGCCUUGCGCAGGGGUUUGGAGUGAAUAGGACUUCCUGAGGUCUCUGUCUGUCCUGAUAGUCUGUGAUUCAAUGCUACAGUUUUGGUAAACAAAACGUGCAUCUCAGACAGUGGUAUAGGUGGCUGCUGCUAGGUCUGAGGAUUAUGGGGGUGCAGACACAUGAUGUAAUUACUAGGGAAUAACUUCUGUGGGAGCUUACACACGACCAGUUGUCCUACGCUAGCUGCCUGCAGGAGGUGGCAGUGCAGAGUCUGGUCAGUAGAUGAUGGGGUUGACGUUGAGCCAGCUGCUACCUCAGAUGAAGCUGACCUGGAGAACAGACAUUCCCUGUGAUACUUUUCCGAUGUAAUAAAGUUACUACGUGUUUAUCAAG